GUGAAGUGACAGCUGGCGGAUGAGCUGCAGUGCUCCUGAGAGCAGCUUCUCAUUCUUCACCACACCAAGAUCACUAGGAACGGAGCUUUCCAUCCCGGCGCUCACCAUUCGUGGACUGAUAUCUGUAUAUAAUUACAGAUUAUUUCUAUAUCUUUUUUCCUUUUCCACGGGUCGGGAACAUUCCUUGGAGCUCACAUGUGAAUUUAAUUAACUGGCUGGUUUCUUUUCCUGCAUGCAUGUUGGUGUUUUCUUUCUUCUUCAAGCGAGACUGUUGUUUACAGUUCAGCUGGGCCACUGCUUCACCUCUGCGGUGCGUUUUUUUGUCCGUUUGCGAGUGCAGGAUUAGAGUUUGAACUGAGAGGCAGGGAAACUUUUGCGUAAAGUGGUGUUUUGUAACUGGGACAAGCGAGAGAGAUCUCCACGCGUGACGACCGCGUGUGCGUGUGGGUGUUAAACUCUGUGAUUUUGCGCACGGAGCGCGAGCACAGCAGGCUGAUCAUGUCACCGGUGCGCGUGCUGCAUUGCAAACUUCUCAACAAAUAAUCAGAUCAAAUAAAUAAUAAUAAUAAUACUUUCAAAUAUAUAUCUGUAUAUAUAGAUAUAUAUCUUGUGUUUGAGUUCUGUGCGGAUUUAAAUCCUCGGAGGGACGGAUUCUGACCCUCCUGUCCGGGCGUAAAGGAGUUUCACCGAGACGCGCAUCUGCCCUUUAACCCCCUGAUCUACAGGAUAGCAUGGCAAUGGUAGUAAACCAGUGGCAGGAGAGCAUCGCAGCCGACCCCGGCUCUCAGCUGCAGCUGUGCGGCCAGGAGCCCGGAGGCGCCCCGGCCACCCCGUCCGCGUCCACGCCGGGUAACGACGCGCUCGGAGUGGACAAGCUGGCCAGCGUGGACUGCAUGGUGUGCGGGGACAAGUCGAGCGGCAAACACUACGGCCAGUUCACCUGUGAGGGCUGCAAGAGCUUCUUCAAGCGCUCCGUGCGCCGCAACCUCACCUACAGCUGUCGGGGGAAUCGAGACUGCCCCGUGGACCAGCACCACCGCAACCAGUGCCAGUACUGCCGUCUCAAGAAAUGCCUCAAGGUCGGCAUGAGGAGAGAGGCCGUUCAACGAGGACGCAUGUCCAGCUCUCAGACCAGUCCAGGCCAGUACCUGCCCAAUGGGAAUGACCCGUACAAUGGGCAACCGUAUCUGUCGGGCUUCAUCUCUCUGCUUCUGCGGGCGGAGCCAUACCCUACAUCCCGCUACGGUGCCCAGUGCAUGCAGUCAAACAACCUGAUGGGCAUCGAAAACAUUUGUGAGCUGGCAGCACGUCUUCUCUUCAGCGCUGUAGAGUGGGCCAAGAACAUCCCAUUUUUUCCAGACCUACAGCUUAUGGAUCAGGUGGCGCUGUUGCGCAUGUCAUGGAGUGAGCUGUUUGUGCUGAAUGCAGCACAGUGUUCAAUGCCCCUGCACGUCGCACCACUGCUGGCCGCCGCCGGUCUGCACGCCUCCCCGAUGUCAGCCGAGCGUGUGGUGGCCUUCAUGGACCAUAUCCGUGUAUUCCAGGAGCAGGUAGAGAAGUUGAAAGCCCUGCAGGUGGACACAGCAGAGUAUUCCUGCCUCAAGUCCAUUGUGCUCUUUACUUCAGAUGCUAUGGGCCUGUCAGACGUGGCCCAUGUGGAAAGCAUCCAGGAAAAGUCUCAGUGUGCCCUGGAGGAGUAUGUAAGGAAUCAGUACCCCAAUCAGCCCAACCGUUUCGGGCGGCUCUUGCUGCGUCUGCCAUCGCUGCGCAUUGUCUCGUCGCCUGUCAUCGAGCAGCUCUUCUUUGUGCGCCUGGUAGGCAAGACGCCCAUUGAGACACUACUCAGGGACAUGCUGCUGUCCGGCUCCAGCUACAACUGGCCCUACAUGCCUGUUCAGAGAGAUCGACCUCUCUCGCUUCACUACAACGAGAAUGGGCCUUGACCCUGUCCACAUCCAUGAAAGUCACAUCACGUAGAACCCAUCAGCUCCUAAUUCGCCAAUUCUGUGGUCGGGAAUGGAACUCUUGAGAUGUUCUCGUGCCAAGAUUUCUUCUGCAGUGUUUACGGACAUCGUGACUGAGAACUUGACUGAAAAGGGCAAAGUCCAUUCCAGUCCAUUGAUUUUCAAACACGCCAGAAGCCAUUAAAGCUGAUACCAAAGUGGGUGUCUUUUUUUUUUUUUUUUGUACCUGGACAUUUUGAGAAGUAAAAUGAUAGUCCGGACUUUAACAGGGCUUUAAGAGAAACUGUCCGUAUGUUUGAGUGGAGAAAUCAUUCUAACACCACAGUCGGAAAGGCAAGAGGCCAGUAAGACUCUGAAUAUGCUCAAGCCACUGCCAAACCGUAAACGGCAUGUGAACUGUACGAGUCGGUGAAAAAAAAAACUCUAUUGUGGUUCGUCUCAAUGUCAUUUUGAGUCUCUGAAGGAGUUUGAAGACGUGAAAGAGGCACUUCAGAUCUGAAACCAGCCAGGCACCCUUGUUUUUUCUCUAUGCUCUUUUCAGCUACCACCAAAAAUCCAGCACAGCUAGAUAGACUUCCUGUAGUUGCCAUGUAAGGUCAGUGUAUAGUGCUUAAUUCUUUUCUUUCAUCAAGGAAAACACUGAACAGUAUGUCAAUUAAAAUCAGGACCUCUUGGGGACCGGGCACAAUGUUGUAUGAAGCAGCAGAUAUCAAGUAUUUCAUUAUUCUUCUCGCAAUAUGUUUCAGUAUGUCACUGUUUGAACAUGGCACUACAGCUUUCAAAGGCAACCUUUGGAUUUAUAAGCCACGGUGUCUCGGAAAGCACGACCUGUUAUAUUAGUUCACAGAAUAUUUCUAUAAGAGUUUUUUUUCCCCUUGUAUUUUAGGUUUGAU